AGAUAUGGUACUGAAUUGAAUAAUUAGAAAAAUGAAUAAUUAGAUAUGGUUAAAUAUUUCAUAAAUUGAAUGAAUGGUUGACAGUGAAUUUAAUCCAAAUCAAGAAAUUUGAACAAUAGUCAUUUCAUAAUGGGAAUGACAGCUGAAGAAAAAAUAUUAUUUGAGCAGAGGUGCCGAACAUGUUUGUUGCAACAAGGUCAACAUAAUAUAUUUGAAUCAUCAAACUGUAUAAGAAUUGAAUUACUUUAUUUGACAAACCUAGAGAUUCAAAAAUAUGACAAACUUCCAGUUAGCAUUUGUGAUCAUUGUUUAAAUGAUUUGAAAAAUGCAUGCGCCUUUAAAAAGAAAUGCCAAGAAUCUUAUUUUACUUUGAUAGAAGAAUAUGAAAGUUAUAAUUUUAAGAGUGAUGAUUCAAUUAUAGAUAAUAUAAAAGUUGAUCCAGAAUUAGAAAUUCCAAAACAUGAAGUUUUAAAAACACCCCCAUCUCCCCACAUUAAAAGUGAUGAUGAUUAUGGCAGUUAUCCAUCUGAUGAUGAAAAUGAUUUAAGUUCAUUAUUAGAACCACAAAUUAUUGUUCAAGAACAGCCUCUCUCCCCAGAUCUUAUAACUACAGAAUUGUAUAAGCAUGAAAAUAUUCUCAAUGAAACGUCAGAAAAACGCAAUGAAGAAAUAAUUGUAACUCCAGAUAUUUGUAAUGUUAAAAAACAUAAGAGCUUGAGACCACCUGGUAAGCGUUACAAAGGAAUUUAUGAAUGCUCAGUGUGCGGUAAAAAUUUUGUCCGCGCCUCAAAUCUUAAGGCGCACAUGCCUUUACAUACCGGAAUUAAAAAAUUUUCAUGUCCGGAUUGUGAUAAAUCAUACGCCACAUUAGAUCAUCUAAAACGACAUCGAAAAUCACAUGAAAACAAAGUUUCGCAACAGAAAAAGAAAACUCAGUUAUCUAAAAAUAAACCAAAAGAUAAGGAGUACAAAUGUCUAGAGUGCGGUGAAAUAUUUGAAUGCGUUGAACAUUUGAAGGACCACGUGUUAGUAAGCCAUAAAGUCCAAUUGGAAUUCCAGUGUACAAUGUGCGAAAAAUCUUUCGCAUUAGAAUCUCAUUUGAAAAUACAUUUUCAAUUACAUUCAGGCGAAAAAUCUUACAAAUGUGACGUCUGUGGGUUGAUCUUUAGAUCUACACCGAGUUUAGAAAGCCAUAAAUUAAAUCAUGUGGUAACACUUCCUGGUUACCAAUUUGCCGAUAAAACGUAGCAAAUUUGAACAUUGUUCUACUUAAUUUUAUUAAUAAGUUAAAUAAUAUUUUAAUGACUAGAUAAACAACAGUUUGUUAUGAAU